CUGAGCCUGAGGGUGCGUUUCUCAAGUGGGGGAUGAUGAUGUUCAUUAUACUGACAAUUUACAAAUCAGACCUUCUUCUCCAACCGUUCUUGCUCAGGUUCUAUCCGGACUUGGUUCCAGCGAAAUCAACCUAAUCAAGGAGAUGCCUGUGCAUGUUACUAAGCAGCAGGUGAUCCGCCUACUUGCAUCCUCAAUGGUUUCAAAUUCUCCUUUAUCCGAUGUGUUUCUUGACUCUCCCGUAAGACCAAAUGUAGGAGCUUUUAGCGUACAUUCGAAAAUCCAGAAACCAGAGGGAAAUGGUCAGAAGUUGAAUCUGAAUUUGACGUUGAACAAGUCUACAAACGAGAUAUUGUUUGCAGAAGCCACUACGGACUUCUUUGAUUUCCUGUGCACUUUUAUGACCAUGCCUAUGGGAUCAAUGCUUUUUCUUUUGAAGGGGAAUUCUGGGUUAGGCUGCAUGGAUGACUUGUACAAAAGUGUGGUCGAGUUGGAUGUUAAAUGGUUUAAUUCAGAUAACCGGAAGGCGACCUUAAUCUGCCCCAAAGUUGCAAAGCACCAUAACUGUAUGAAACAGCCUCUAAAUUUGGAGGAAGAAUGUCCCCGGGAAAGUCUGAUUGACCCCAGGCUUAGUAAUAGCUUCUCCAAAGAACCCUUAAAGUUCAUAAUUUUAGAUGACUUGAAAGUGAGGCCUCUGUCUUCUGCAUCAAGCUUUAGCAUUCUGAAGGAACUCAAAGUCCCCAUCACUGAGAUUGAGCAGGAGGCACUCACGGUUAGCAUCGAAGAGUUGCAGGCAUUGACCCUUUUGAAGGCGGCACUUACAUCUCCAUCAGGAGCUCUGACAAAUGGCUUAGCCGCUUCUUGCAGAUGCAUAAGGCAUAGUGCUGGUUAAUCUCGUGAAAUCUUAUAAGCUUGAUCGAUCUUGAUAUGCAUGAAACUUAAGUUCAUUUCAAUGUAUCUUGCAUUCUUGUAUGUAUGUGAUCUUGAGCAGUCCAGUACCUUCUGUUUUUCCUAUAUCUCGGUUUAUCAAUAGGAGCAUAUAUCAAAUUUCUUCGUUUGAAUUCAUAUACUUCUAUUAGAGCCAAAUAUAGAAUUAACUUCAAAUAUAUAUAUAUAUACAACAUCAAAAGGACUGAAAGUGUGUAAACAUUACACUAUUGGUAGUGCUACCGAGUGUAGUUUGUGAGAUACUUUCUGAGUGACUUUAUAGAGUACCUUCUUAUUUGGAGCUAUUUUGAUGUUGG